AUGCUGUGCGGCCAGGCCAGCAGUGGCGCGCCGCCGCCGCCGCCGUCUCCCGACCAGGAGCCCAUCGACCCGCGCGCCUAUGAGCACCUGCUCUGGGGGCCGCUGUCGGCCGCGCCGCCGCCGCCGGCGCCCGUGUCGGUGGCGGCCGCCGCGCCGCCUCACUACCCCCGCUACUAUGGUUACCCGGCGGCGGCGCGAGCCUACUGCGCCGGCUACCCGACGCCGGUGCCGUCGCCGGCCGGCUACGGCACGCCGCCGGGGCCCAGCGGCGACCCGGCCGGCUAUGUGUGUCUCACCCCGCUCACCCCGACCGCGGCGCCUCCCGGGGCGACACCCUGCUCGGCCGCCGGCGCCGACACCGAGCCCGCCGAGAAAAAACGACGCGGCAGGAAGAAGGGUCAGACGCGCGAGUCCGGCGCGUGGACGGCCAACAAGAGACUGGGUCGGCCGCUGGGCACCACCCGCGCCAAUGGCUACAAGGUGGGCUGUCGCGGCGGCCGGCGCAAGGGGACCACACGCGCUAACGGCUAUAAGGUGAGCGGCGGUCGGCCGCGCGGCACAACGCGCGCUAACGGCUACAAAGUCAGCACGGGCCGGCCCAAAGGCACUACCGUGGCCAACGGCUACAAGUGCAGCACCGGACGGCCGCGCGGCCCGUCCGGCGUGGCUAAGGAGGGAGACACGGACUGCGGCCGACCGAGCGCGCCCGUCCUGCAGGGCGGCGCGGCCACCGACACACCGGGACAAGAUGCCAUGAAAUGCGAGGAGAAAGGACUCACGACCACUGCUUCCUGGAUGCCACCGAAGAUUGACGGAGCCCUCAGCCUGGAUACGAUGGAGUCGGCGGCGCUGCGUGCCGGGUACGACGGCGCCGCCGUACCGCCGCUGCAGCCCUGCGCGGUGGGCCGCACCCCGCCGACACCGACCGCCGGUCAGCUCUCGCCCCUGGCCGAGCCAGCCGGACCCCAGCAGGGCUCGCCGGGGCCGCCGCCCGGCGCCGACGGCCCCUUCUCGCCGGGCGGCGGGCCGCUGCGCCAGCUCUCCGGCGGCUCGCCCGACCAGUACUCGCCCAUCACGGUGACCACCUCCCCGGCCGAGUACUCGCCGGCCGGCACCGGGCCCUCGUCCGUGGGCCAGUACUCGCCCAUCAGCAACGCGCCCACGCCCGCCCAGUUCUCUCCGAUGGGCGUGGCGGGGCCGGCACAGCAGUACUCACCGCCGCCGUCCAUCGCCCGGUCGUCGAGCCACCAGUACUCGCCGCCGCUGUCUGUGAGCCGCUCCCUGAGCCAGCAGUACUCUCCGCCGCCCCCAGCCGGCAGAUCGCCCAGCCAGCAGUACUCCUCGCCCCUCCCGGCCACCCGGUCCCCGGGCCACGAGUACCCCGCGGCGCUGUCCGCCGCCCGGUCACCCAGUCAGCCGUAUCCCUCUCCCCUUCCGGACUCCAGGCCGCCGAGCCAGCAGUACUCUCCGCCGCUGCCCACGGAGAGAGCUCCCAACGAGCCGUACUCGCUGGGUUCUGUAUCCAUCACCAGAGUCCCCAACCAGCAGUACUCCUCUCUGCCAGCGCCGGGGACCUCAAACCAGCAGUACUCCCCGACCCACCCGCUGGCCAGGUCGGCCAACAAAGACUACUCGCUGUCUCUGCCGAUAGCCAGAUCAUCCAGCCAGCAGUACUCGCCGCCGCUCUCGGCUGCCAGGUCGCCCAGCCAGCAGUACUUUCCACCACUCUCGGUUGCCAGAACGUCUGGCCAGCAGUACUUCCCGCCGCUCUCGUCUGUCGGCUCUGGGGGCGAGCAGUACCCGUCCCACAUGUCCAUGAGCCGGGCGGCCAUGCUGCAGUCUGCCAUGCCUCUGGCCGUUUCCCGGUCGCUGAGUCAGUUCUACUCCCCGGACACGGUGGCCGACUGCGGCCCGUCCGUGUUCGCUCCUUCCACUUCGGCCGGGGGCGCCGGCACGCCGUGCUACGGCGCCGCUCUGCUGCCCAUGUGAGCCGCCGCGGCGCGGCCGCCGGCGCCCCCUGAGCCUGCGAGUCGCGCGUGUUAACGACAAGCGUCCACUCGCAGCGCCCCGGCGCGGCUCGGCCCCAGCGUCCAGCCCGCCCCGCUGUCCUACCGGCACCGCCGGGUUCCAGCCGCGCGGAUCCCACCGGUACAAUUGGAUCCCAGUUGGAUCCCGCCGGUACAGACGGAUCGCAGUUGGAUCCAACCGGUAUGGUUGAUCCCAGUUGGACCCCACCGGUACACUUGGAUCCCGAUUGGAACCCACCGGUGCUGUUGGAUCCCAGUCGGAUCUCACCGGUGCUGAUCCCACCAGCUCGUUUCCGCCGCGCUGCCCGAUCCCGUCGGCACAGUUAGUUUCCAUCGCCGCUGUCAGAUCCGCCAGCGCGGUUCGACUGUCCAGUGCAAUCUGAGCUAAUGCGCUGUAGCUACGUGUCGUGCUGAUUGAGGGUCACCAGCAGAUCAAAUUGUCCAGGCAACAUUUCAUUAUAUCGCCGAUAUGUGAAUUAGAGGCUGGCUGUCUCCGAUAGGCCAUAUUUUACGCAGGCCAGUCAGCCAUGCAGUGUUGAGACCUCAUAAUGUUUACCAGCCUGCGGUAAUCGGGGGACAUUUGAACUUCUAUCUGAUCGCACCUGAGCUCAAUGAACUUAUGCAUGCUACAACAUUAUUUUACCAAAUUUUCUUUGGACUUUACUCAAUUAUUGCUCAUCCAGCGGGCUGCAGAGCCGGCUCAAUCUGUGCUCAAGUCACACAGGUUCCCCCAGCCCCCCCCCGCCCCCUCCUCCCCUCACGUUCCACUUUGAUCCGCGCACUUUGCAGCCCACACUGAUAUUGCUUUUUUCGACAAUCAGUAUGAGUCGGUACAUACAGGGUGGGGCAGCAUA